AUGCUGACGCCCGAAGACAUCGUUGCGAUCUUCAAGCGCCUACGCUCGAUGUCCUUGCGCCGACGAAUUCAUUUCAUGGAGUACUUCAUUGUUGCCAUCGAACGACCAUUCAUCCCCAACACCAGGCUUCAACUUGGCACCAUGUCCGACGUUGAUUCAACCCUGAAGUUCCGAUUUGACGUCGCCGGUGUCAACAGACUGGUUCUUCUGCUGCGGACCCCGGGCGUUUUCAUCACCAAAUCCAACGACCGCUGCCUCGGCACUAAGGCCCUGUGCAUUGUAUUGCAUAGGUUGUCUUAUCCACGACGCUACAUCGACAUGGUGGUGGUGUUUGGCCGGUCGCGCGAAUCACUGUGCCGAUUCUUCAACGACAUGGUGGACCUCCUGUAUGGUAUGUGGAACGAACGCAUGUCCAAACCUGCCGCAUCACCCCGACCCAGCUUGGCCGACCAUCCGGACAUGCAACGGCAUAUCUACAGUGACCACAAGCGAAUCCAUUACCUGAAUUUUCAGGGUGUGAUUGCAACCGACAGCAUUUGCAUCCACUUUUGGGGGCACGCUACGUUGCUCAAGGAAAGUCGACUUGUCGAGUUUCUGAACGACCGAGAAACGUCAUUUGCUGGUGCGAUUAUCCUGCCUAUGGCGACCCGGCUUAAGGGCAAGUGCAUCAGCGCCCAACAACGGUACUUUAACUCUGCCAUGAGUCUUGUUCGACUCUCUGUUGAGUGGUCAUCAUUUGGGCGCAUGAAAACGCUGUGGCCAUUUAUCACGUUCAAAAUGCAACAAAAAAUCAUGCUCCAGAAUUACAUGCACGGACUAAGUGCUCACAUCGAGAAGAAGGUGGCUCUUCUACUACCUGAGAAGUUCGCCCUUGUGUUCGAUGGUCCGAGCGCGCGAGUUGUCAAAUACCUAAGUUUUGAGAGCGCCAUUGUCAAGAUCCUCCGCGGCACCGAGACAACGAUGACAGCUGAAGAGUGUGAAAGCGUGAUCAAGCUGCGCAAUGAAGAAACUAUCGAGUCCAGCGCGGCGGCCGUGGCGCUUCCUGUGAUGUCUCUGGCCGAGCGGGCGUUGAAAAAGAAGAAGGUGACGCGCGUGACGAGCGGCUUCAUGGAUUGCCGGUUCUUGUGCACAACGUCGAACAUGUGUGAGCGCUGGCCAUCGGAAACCGACGUUGCAGCAUGA